AUGAAGGGACGUGUAAGGUGGGAUGAAGCUAACAUUGGAGAUAUUGAGGCAAACAAGCCUGUGAGGCAGAAAAUUACUGAACCCAAGACUCCAUAUCAUCCUAUGGUUGAUGACGAUUGUUCUCUAUCCCCUGUACGAGGAAGUUUUGAUGCACGUAUUGAUGAUGAAAAUCGCACAACACAAGUUGAAGCAAUAUGGACUGCUCUGACUGAUGCAGGCUCUAGUAGCAAAAGAGGCCCUGGACAAUCAUUUGGUUGGACAUCAUCUGAGGAUGAGCUAGAAGCAAUGGAACAAGAUGAUGAUGGUUCUGAAACAGAUAGGAGCAGAAGCUUUAGAAAGUUAAGAAAGGCCCAUUAUGAUGAAUUUCUUAAAGUGAAAGAGCAUCGAAACAAGAGCUCUCAUGUUGAAGAUGAAAGUGAUGAGGAUGAUAAUACUGAACUUGGCAAGGGCGAGAAGAAAUGUGAUUCAUGUUCACUAAGUGAUAGUGUAAAAGAUAUCGACAUUGAAGGGGGAAAGUCUUCUACAUCUCCAGCUAACGGUUCUUAG